CUUUCAUAUCUGUCAAAAUUUAAUGUCAACAGCACUCUCUUGUUUAUAUUAAAUUUUGCGAAGAUCAUAUUAAAUUUCGAUAGAUAAUACUGUAUUUUUCAUCAAAAAUGUUGCUUCCCGUCAGAUUUGCCAAGUUCUUGGUGAUACACUUGCACUGAAGUAUCUUCGCACAGUGAAAUUGAUAUAAACCCACAAAGCUAAAAGUGUCCUUGGAAUUCAGAAUCAUGGAGGAGUCGCAUCACCGCAGCAUAAUGGACCACCUAGACAUAGGAUCCGGCGGGCAUCAUUUGCAGGAAGACUUGUCCAAAGGAGUACUACGAACGAUUCAUAACGUUGAGAAUGGAACGCUGCAUUUCAUCACCAUACCCCCAGCAUCGAAUAGCCGCGAGCAGGAAUACAUUGAGAGUUCCUUGCUGGGAGCCGAUUUGCUGUCCAGCCACCUUCCCAACGGGAUGCUAGUGGACUACAUCAGCAACCCGGGACCAUCAACCCCCAGCGGUCAAUAUCAUCAGCAAAGUGCCAGCUUGCUGGAUCACCACAACGGCAUUCAAACAUAUACGGCCGAAGACCUCCAAACGUUGGUAGAUGCCAGUAGCUUGCAAACUUCGGAAAACGAUAGGAAAUUGUUCCUGCAGUUUGUUAACAAACCAACUACACAGUUAUCUCACGAGGCACCCGUGAUUGUAACAAACCCAAAGGAUAUGUCUUCCCUAAAUUCAUUGACUGAACACGACAAACUGACCCAAUCGACACACUCGCAGAGUCUGGCUAGCGUUAAUCACAUGGCUGUUCCUGCGUCAGCAAACAGCUUUAUCCACUACCAUCAUCAGGACCAGCUUCUCAGUACUACGCAUUCAAAUGUAGCUAAUCUCAAUAACACGGUAAAUGUGUUGAAUAGCCACCAUGGAACGCAUCAUCACUCUCAUCAACAGCAACAUCAUCCCCAUCACCAUCAUCAGCACUCUCAUCAAAUAAUUCAGAAUACCACACAACUUCAGCAGCAACCAUCACUCGUACAAGCGACACAACAGCAACAACCGAACCAACAGCUCUUAUCAUCCAUCCAUCCUUUGCUGCAGAACGAUUGCACCCCGGCCAAGUUGUUCCAUGUGUCUUCGUCAAGUCCAGCCAGCACAACCAUAUCUAUCAACACUACCGCGAGCCAGAACCAGUGCAUUACAAUACCACCACUGGCCCCUAUCAGGCGUGUGGAAUCUCCAAAACGCUAUAUCACCUACCAAAUGGCCCCAUCAGAACAAACCUCCACCCUGGUGAGAACAUCCUCAGAGAUCAUGUCCACGGAAAGCUUCCUUUCACGAGAAGACCUGAUUGAAUGCGAUUCCCGUUCCGAUGAGGAUGAAGAUCAGGAAUCUGCUGUGACUAAUGCGUCCACCAACAGCUUCGUGACCAACUACCUUCCUCACAAGAAGCGUCUGGCGAAAAAACUAGGCGACCCCAAAAGUACAAACCCUCCGGAUCAAUUCCUUAGAAAUUCAGUUAUUUCUAGUGAGCAUCAAAGCUUGUCAAACACUUGCAUCGCUAAAGAGCCCCUCAAGCAAUUCGCAUGUCAACUCUGCAGUGUUUCGUUCGAUGAUCAAUUGGAAUUUUUCACUCAUUUGAAGGGACAUUACGAGCCAUUGGCAGAAAAUCUCAGCAAUGAAAGCAAAAAUAACGACCCCAAAAAGAAACCAAAGCUUCCUCGUGUAAAGCACACCAAGAAAUUAAAGAACGACAAAUCCUCCAGAGCGAUUCCGGAGGACGAAUCACGAGAGCCUUCAUAUCAAUCUAAUCCCAAGACUUUCGUUUCACAAAGAGUCAGCAAUACAGACACCGAAUCGGUUUAUCAGCAACCGGCUCAGUUGAGCUCGGUAGUAACUAUCAACCAUCAGCAGCAUUCUGUAUUGACGACAGCCUGCGGCACCGAUCCGGAGGCAGCCGGGGAGUUCAGCGAAACCGAAGACAUGUUGGAAGGUAUCAGAACUGUGGUACAGAAAGUUCAGGACGCAGUCGACACGGACACCAAUGACGGUCUGGGUUUGCACUCUGUGGAACGCAUUAAGAUUCUAUCGAGUGGCAACACUGUGGACGAUAAAGCUUGGUUCCAAUCUCAACAACAACAGGUAGUGCCAGUAACGACGGAUAUCGGUAAGCAGAUUCAAUUCAACAACGAAGUCGACGCUCAAGAGAUCCAUAUCAACUCUGGCAAUGACAACUUUGUGCUGUUUAUCAACAAGGGCGACUUUCAGGAUCAAGAUAUUUUGAAAGAUGCCAACCAUCAACAAGACACAGCCGAGCAUCACCAACCUACCAAUCGGCAGUCCUCGAACCCUUCGAUUCUAUCUCACGCAUUGUCUUCGAGCCAUGAUCCAUCGACGUCCUACAUUAUGGACACUGAAUCAUCCCUGCAGCAAGCCACCAUAGGGGAAUGUGAUAUGAACAGUAUUCAAAUUCUCAGUCUCGGUACGAACGACAUUGAGAACCACGAGAUAGCCAAGCUUGUGGAUUUCAACCUUACUACGCCACCGCACAUGAACGUACUAACUGGUGCCAAACUUCUGAAAGAUCAUCAUAAAAACAGCCUGGAGAAUAGCAACGAUGUGGAGUUUAGCGAUUGUGAACUUGAAGAAUAUUACCCAUCGGAGAAUGACGAUGUCGGAGAGGACGAUGUUAGCGAAGAUCACGACGAAUUAGUAGCUGAUGGCCAGCAGUAUGAACGGGUGGAGCAGAUUUACGAUGUAAGUGUAAUUACGUCUUCGUCAGCUCCACCAGGGAAAAAGAAAGGUCGUAAAAAAGCAAAUGGAAAUGAAGCAGAUGAAACUAUCAACGAAGAUGGAACGAAAAAGGCUAGCAAAAAGUAUCCUUGUGAAGAACCGGACUGUGAUAAGGUGUUCAAUUCGAAAACGGCGGUUCGAUACCAUGAACUGCAGCAUAAAAAUGAACGGCCUUUCCAUUGUACCGAGUGCCCUAAGAAUUUCUUCACUUCUAGUGCUUUGAAAGUGCACGAACGGUUACAUUCUGGCGAGAAGCCUUACAAGUGCGAAGAAUGUGGUCGAGCUUUCCGCCAGUGGGGUGACAUGAAGUACCAUCAAGCCUCCAUCCACUCGAACGAGAAAACGCACCAAUGCGAGUUUUGUGGGAAGAAAUUUGCCCGAAGAUAUUCGUUAGUACUGCACAGGAAAAUACAUCUGAACGAGAAGAAUCACGUUUGCGAUAUUUGCAACAAAGCAUUCCGAGCAAGCUCAUAUCUUCAAUCUCAUCGAAUGAUACAUACCGGAGAAAAGCCGCACUCGUGUACGUUCUGCCAGAAAAAGUUCCGUUGCGGUGGUGACAUGAAGCGACAUCUCAAGACACACGAUCGGAACAAAACGGCUUCAAACAGUCACAAGACUGCAGUACACUCACUUGAGGAACAGCCUGUCAAAGUUAGUCCUAAGACUAUUGCUGCCAUCGCCAAAACAUGUAAAAAGCGAACUACGAAUAUCAUUGACCUGACUAAAAUCAAAACCGAAGGUGGAAGCAAGACUUGGACAAAGCAAACACCUGUCGUAACGGUGCUCUCGAAGGAUAUCAAUCACGCUGUAGGAGGGUCAGGCAGCAGGAUCAGCAGCUCUAGUGCCUCUUCCGGUCAACUGGUUUAUCUCACGCAGGCCGCUGGGGAUCAGUUUCGAAAGCCUGAAGAAACCGUUUUAGUAACGGACAUUACACGAUGGUAGGGUGCAAACGCACUGGAAUGCAAUUUUGUACUUUUAAGUAUAGGGUUCGCUUAAGAUACUACAAACUAUGACUUACGACUGUGUAGGAUAUUUAAAACCUUGUGUAUGAGAAGUAUUUUAUUAUUUUAAAUAAAUACACUUAAGUGUAAGUACAAAAUUAAUAAUAAUCAAA